GUUCGAGGCUGUAUGGCCUAAAGCUGUUGUUGUGAAUGUUGUAAGGUGUCUGAUUUAUCUAUGCACAGUAUUUUCCAGGAAUGCUAUGUAAUGUGGUCCAAAAUACAGUGAAAAUUAUGAAUCGGUAGACUGCUUUGCAAAAACUUAUGCUAUUUAAACAAUGAAUCGAAAAUUUAUCAAGCCUGGAGUUGCUGUUCUUGGAAGGAAUUCACAACCGUUUGGGAAAGGAUCAACUGCUAACCUAAAGAGAUUUGUUGUUUAUGAUGACUUUGCAAGAGGAUGGGUCUCGAAAAGGUGGUAUACGAAGUCACAGAAAGUGGCUAAAACAUUAUUUGCACCGUGGACUAAGUACCCAUAUUUAACAAAAAAGAAAGAGACUCUCGCUCUGCCUGCUUCAGUUGAUAACAAGCGACUAAUGAGCUCCGAUGGCGACUCAUUCACAAAAGUGAAAAGAAUUUACCUACGAAGUCCAUACAAAUGGUUUGAUAUCAAAGUCAAGCUGUUUUUGCUAAGAAGAUUUUUUGAUCGUGACUUUGAUGAACAUGAAUUUCUUACGGGGGCUAGGCAGGCAAUAUGUUUAGUUUCAUCAUUCAUAUCAAAAGGAAAUUUUAAUGAGCUGGUUGGGAUGUUGACAGAGAAGGCCACUGAGAUGGCAAAGAACAUACACCAAGAAACAAACAAAAAGGAAAAAUUAGAAAUUGUGGAUGAAAUUAUUGAUAACAUUUCUUUGUCUAACAUGGCAUUCAUUUAUGAUGAGAAAGGUGGAAAGUGGGUUGAUAUAUUAGUUACCUGCCAUUGCGCUGAAGAAAAUUCAACACAAAGAAGAAUUGGAAAUAUUGAUCUGGCUAGUAUUCCAUCACAGAGAAUAUUCAACUUCUCGUUUGUGCGAGAAUUCACACCUGGGGUAACGGCUGAUUGGAUAAUUGACAGGAUAGCAUUCAGCAGUCCGUUCUCUGAUGAUUGAGCAUGGAGAUUAAGUCCAAUUCAAGUAGAAACAUUAAGAGACUAUUUUUUAAAUUUAUUUUUACUCAUGUGUAUUUGAGACAAAAUGUAAUAUUGUUCCUUCAAACAGUAGUGUUUUCCAGUUAUCUACCACUGAUACAUAGAUGUUUUACCAGCAUGCUCUUAUUAUUUCAAAAAAAUGUAACAACAUUCAUAAAAAUGACUGUAAUACAUGUAUAG